AUGGACAGGGAUCUGAGUGAAGACGACAGUGUGGUGGACCUCAGCUUUGAGGCCGAGAGUCCAGUGGCGCCCCCAGCUGAACUCCUGGAGCGACUGCCCAGCUAUGACUGGCUUUUUCAAGGAGGUGGACAGCAGAUAUUCUUCCCACCUUCGGAGGCUCCAGGGAGAGCUCUGGAGCAAAGGUGCUGGUCCUCGUUCCUGGAGCACAGAGUCCCCUUGGUGACAGAGGAAGUGGCUCGUGAAGCCCUCCUUAGCUUCGUGAGCUCCAAAUGCUGCUACGGCAGCACAGUUGCCGGUGACCUCAUCAUCCAGGGACUGAAGCAGCAGACGCUGUGCAGGUAUCGACUAGAGACUUUUAGCGAAUCCAGGAUAAGCGAAUGGACAUUUCAACCCUUUACUAACCAGUCAGUGGAUGGGCCACAAAGAGGGACCUCUCCCAGGCUCUGGGACAUCAAGGUCCAAGUCCCCCCGAUGUUUCAGGAAGACACAAGGAAGUUCCAAGUGCCUCACUCGUCUCUGGUCAAGGAAUGCCACAAAUGCCAUGGGCGUGGACGUUACAAGUGCAGUGGCUGCCAUGGAGCUGGCAUGGUGAGGUGCCCCUCCUGCAGCGGAGCCAAGCGCAAGGCCAAGCAGUCCCGGAGAUGUCAGAUGUGCUCGGGGUCUGGCCGGCGGAGGUGCAGCACGUGCUCAGGGAGGGGAAGCAAGACCUGCACCACCUGCAAGGGGGAGAAGAAACUGUUGCACUUCAUCCAGCUGGUCAUCAUGUGGAAAAACAGCCUGUUUGAGUUUGUAUCUGAGCACCGGCUCAAUUGCCCCAGGGAGCUCCUUGCCAAAGCCAAAGGAGAAAGCCUCUUUAAGGAUGAAAACACUACGGUGUACCCUAUUGUGGACUUCCCGCUGCGGGAGAUCUCGCUCGCCUCCCAGAGGGGCAUUGCCGAGCACAGCGCUGCCCUGGCCUCCCGGGCCCGAGUCCUGCAGCAGCGCCAGACCAUCGAGCUGAUCCCCCUCACUGAAGUGCAUUACUGGUACCGGGGACAGACCUAUGUCUACUACAUCUAUGGCACUGACCACAGGGUGUAUGUGGUGGAUUACCCCGAGCGGUACUGCUGUGGCUGCACCAUCAUCUGACAGGCACAGCUGUCUCCACAGCCUGCCACUCUCAUGACCAAGGAGCAUAGCUGAGGCCCCCGAGUUCACUGGUCGCUGGUACAUUGGACCAUCUUACAGAAACCCUGGUGGGUCCCGUCAGACAGUUCAGCUUAUCAUCCAUCAAGCCACAAGCCUUUCCCAGAGCUCAUCCGGUGGAAUCCAGCCCGCGUUUAACCUCCACACGUUUCUUCACAACAAAUAAUUGAAAUGGCGGGGGCCACGCCUCUGGUCUCCAAGCUAACGCCCUGAUCUGGCAUGCCGUUUGAUUUUGCUUUUCCCUUGACCUGCUUCAGUUCCUCCAUGCCACGGUCAGUGCCCUUUGCCCAGCUGAGUGUCAUCGAGAGGUUUAAAGGUUUCAUACACAUUGGCUGCCUCUUAAUGCAUACCAAAUAGUGCUCUGAAGCAUCAAGAACAAAACCUAGGUGUGCCUGAGUGGCUUAGGUGUGUAAGCAUCCACCUGAUCUCAGCUCAUGUCUCAACGUCGAGGUCAUG